GUUCUUUAGUAACCAUAGAAUUUUGAAACAAAACAAUCGGACAGUAUUUAUAUGAGGAUCUAGAAAGUAAGAUUCAUAAGUACCAGUCUGAUUUGAAAGUGAGACACACAGGAGAAUUAACAAGAUGUUGUCUGUAUUCUUAGUUUUUACUUUACUAGCAGCUUGUCAAGCAGCGACAUGGCAGAUCUCUCCAUUCAAUACAUCAGCCGUUACGGGAGAAAAUGCUACUUUGGCCUGCAUAGCUAUUACAUCUAAUGGAGAAAAUAUACAAUGGAAAAAGGUCGUAGGCAGUUCAGUUACAGCUUUAACUCUAGAUAGUACCAUUCUAGCCAGUGAUAAGACCAAGUAUGCUGUGAGUGGGAACUACAAUCUAACAGUAAUGAAUGUACAGACUUCAGAUGAAGGACUUUAUCAGUGCAUUAUCGGAGCUACUACUAAAGAGGCAUCACUACAAACCGUCGUGUUGCCAACUAACGUAUCUACCUACUGGGAGACAUCCCCAACCAUCGGGAACAUUGUCAACAUCACUUGCCGGGCAACAUAUGGAAAACCUCCUCCAUAUCUCAGGAUUUACAAAGAUAACAUGGACAUCACACAUCUAGCUUAUUAUUACACAGAAAACACCAGAUCAAGUGGUUACGGAGAUGCUGUUGCUAGUGCUGCCUUGACCUUGACCGCACUCGACGUUAACAAAGACAUUCGAUGCGAAGUUGAAUAUGAUGGUCUUUACAAUGCCAUGAACUACACAAUGAACACAAAUUUGAAUGGCGGUGCAUCAAUUAAGUUACAUGGUCUUGCUGCUGCCCUAAUGUUCGUUAUGGUUGCGGCUGUUCAGAGUUUAUAAAGACUUGUAUUUUACUGUGGCAACAUCUAUGAGAUUUCCCAAUGCACUUUGUCAUGAAUGCUGUAUAAGAAACAAUGAAAUAGCUCUUGAAAUACGGGUCACCCUGUUGUUGAACAAGGAUGAGAAAAAUCUAGUCAGUUGUACAGCUAUACUUUUAUUUAUUUAAUAUAUUUAUUGUAUGUAUUACUUUUUGUAGUGAUCUUUGUGGAAAGGGCAAUCGAAUUCACCAAACAAACAAAAGAAGGAAUUUGAAUACUUGUUGAAUUGGUUUGCCCUUUCCACAAAUUGUAUGCAUUUGACUCUUUAGUCUUGGAUUUUUGCCCUAGUUGGUGUCAAAUGCUAAAGACAGUAUUUUUAAAGUGUAAUUUAAAUUUAUUUUGGUUCGACAUGUUUAUAUGUACAGCACCCUUAUGACUACAACUUUCGUUUUAAGCCUUCCAGUAAAUUUUUCUUUACUGUAGACAUCUUGCCAGUUUUUAAGAUAUAUUUACUAGAAGAACUGUAGGAAUUGGGGAGUAAUGUAAUGACCUUUCGGUAUUGGGAAGCAAUGACUAGAUGUUACUGUUUACUGUGAUAUUGUUAAUUUGUAAAACUUGUGUGAAUAUCUAUUAUUGUGAAAGUAUAUUUAUAGAAAAUAAAGAUAACAAAAUGUU